GGAAUUUGAACCAUGGUGUCGACAGCAUCUUCCCAAGACCCGACCAUACAGCUGGCUCAAUUUGAUCCAUAAGGCAUAAAUGCACCAUCUGGAUCCGUGGAUAGCUCAACUAAGUUAGAAUAAUAUUAAAAAGGUGACGUCCAUCAACAUGUUGUCAUCCUGUUCACCCCCAUCCUACUUCUGCUCCUGAAAUUUACCGCUAUCUAACUCAUUUUAGUUCAUCUGUACAAAGGCUUGUUGUUGAUAUACUUUGUCGCCAAUGGAUCCUCUACACCAUGUCGGUCAUCUCGAGAUCUGAUGUCACUGCCGCGUACCAUGGUAAUAAUAACAAUACCGUCUCAGUCUGGGCCAGACGAGCAUCUCGAUUGUUCUCUGCAAGGUCAAAUUCGAGCCUUCCUGAGACGGGGCAGGCGAAGCAGAAUUCCAUCCUGCACAGAUUCCCGCUAGAACUUCUCUUCCAAAUCACGGACGAGCUGCCGGCAAGCAGUCAUAACGCCCUGAGAAAUACCUGUCGAGAUCUGCAGCGUACGCUUUGCGCAAGGCUCCUAAGCCAUGGAGAUCGGUUCGAACUUCUUCGGUGUAUGGAAAGGGACGAUAGCUCUCAAGAUCGUUUCUUGUGCGGUGGAUGCCAAAGAACGCAUCAUCGAACCGACUUCCCACCAUCAGAACUGGAAAAAGACCCAAGAACUCGUCGAUGUAUAGCUACCAAGAAGCUCCUCUGGCUAUGUCCCUAUGCACCACUGAGUUUUUCCGAACUCGCAGCACGCAAACAGCAUGAGAUUCCUCUCUGCUGCGGCCAUUCAGCCUGCCACGGGCCUUACAACUUCGUCAUCAAGGAACAAGACGGCACCUGGGCUCUACUCAAAGACUACUAUUUCUCCGUGACUGACUGGCAGAACGGCAGCGUUUCGAAACGAGCAGCCAAAAAGCGUCUGCGCGGCUAUGACUUGCCGAUCUGUCCUCACCUACGUACCAGCGACCCCGAAGUCACAGACAUAUACAGCGACUCAUGCAUAUACCAAUACAAUCGGGCCGACACCAGAUGUAAACGCAACUGCUCGAACUGCCGCAACGGCGGCGGACAUUGCAAAUACUGCCGCACGACCUUCUUCUUCUGCUACCCACCGCACACUGUGCCGCUCCAAGACGACAAUAUCUGGUACUACAGCUUCAUCGUGAAGCGUAACGUGGGCAAGCUGGAAGAUCCCAAGGACCCCGUCUGGCUGGCGCAACUUAUGCAGGCGCAACCGAUCCUGUUCGCGCGGCAUUGGGUCCAAAGUACAAUAUGGGAACUCUCGCAGGAAGUCAUUGCGCAGCUUCGUCGGCUCAAUAGAAGCGACUAUGCGAGUCGAGAAAAGUCGAUCGUAUCAGAGGAAGUCGAUGGGCUUAUGGAUCUCGGACGGCGCGUCUGGACGGAAUAUAUGGAUUUCGUGGACCGUAAUGGACUGGAUAUGGUUUCCUUCCUUGCUGAUUAUAAACCGAUGGGUCCGUUUCUGCCUAAAAAGACAGGCUAUAUGUUCAAGAAAUUUCUCGAUAGAAAUUCACGAAAUUGGUAUAACCGCGAUGGUUUCCUACGCUCAGAUCGAUUCCCUGCCACUACUGUCCCAAGAGAAUCUUGGCGACCACUGUUGAGGCCUGGAUGUUUUGAUGCGACUUUGAAUAAUACUACUCCGCGGAUCAAGAUCGUGCUCGACAAUGAAGAGAAUGUUUUCGAGAUGUGAAUCAUAAAAAUUCCGAAGGGAAGGUUUUAUCUUUAAAAAAGUUUCAUUACUUAUAAAAGAAUAUGUCAUCUAUUGCAUUCAUUGGGCUAACUGUACGUGUUCACUGCAUAUUACAGUGAGGUGAGGUGAGCUUCUAGUCGGAAUACUUACGUACUAUGUGCCAAUACCUAACUACAUAGAUGUCAUGGAUAGUUAGAGGAAAAGCUGCGAGAUUUUUUCAAUAUAGAACAAUAUUAUAAGGAUAGUUGCACAGAAUGGAAUAGACGGUUCAAGACAGUAA